ACUAUCUCAGUUCCCUGUUUUCUUCAACAUCUCGGUCUCCAAUGGCGAUUCUGGUUUUAUCAGAAUGCGGUUUACAGUCUCUCCCUUGUAUCUCUGCUAUACCCAGAAAUGGGUUCAUCUUAAGAGACUAUUCAAAUCCCAAACUUUUGCAUUCCAGCAAGAUUUUCACGGAUCAAAACCCGUCUCCGAUCAAAUUAUUAGGUGGGUGUUUUAGAGAACGAAACUGGGGGAUAAAAGUGAGUGAGCCGAUUUCGCCCGUGGGAGAAGGGGAGAGAGGAGAGAGCAUCAAAAGGGUUAAUGGGAUUGAGGAAGAUGAUUCCGAAUUCGAUCCCGGUGCGCCUCCGCCGUUCAACUUGGCUGAUGUUAGAGCAGCCAUUCCGAAACAUUGUUGGGUAAAGGACCCUUGGAGGUCUAUGAGCUAUGUCGUGAGGGAUAUUGUUCUGGUUCUUGGGUUGGCUGCUGCUGCCGUUUCUAUCGAUAACUGGCUUGUUUGGCCUCUGUACUGGGUGGCUCAGGGGACCAUGUUUUGGGCUCUCUUUGUUCUUGGCCAUGAUUGUGGUCAUGGAAGCUUUUCAAAUAAUCCCAAGUUAAAUAGUGUCGUGGGACAUUUGUUGCAUUCUUCAAUUCUUGUGCCUUAUCAUGGAUGGAGAAUUAGCCACAGGAUUCAUCAUCAGAACCAUGGCCAUGUUGAGAAUGAUGAAUCAUGGCAUCCGUUGUCUGAGAAGAUCUACAGGAAUUUGGAUAACUCAACACGAUUUCUGCGUUUCAAAUUGCCUUUUCCCAUGCUUGCAUACCCUUUCUAUCUUUGGAAAAGAAGUCCUGGGAAAACUGGUUCUCAUUUUGAUCCUAACAGUGACUUGUUUGUCCCGAGUGAGAGAAAAGAUGUGAUCAUCUCCACUCUAUGUUGGACAGGCAUGGCAACUUUGCUUGUGGGGUUGUGCUUUACAAUGGGUCUUAUACAGAUGCUUAAACUUUAUGGUGUUCCGUAUUGGGUAUUCGUUACAUGGCUGGAUCUUGUUACUUACUUGCAUCAUCAUGGUCAUGAAGACAGGCUUCCCUGGUUUCGUGGAAAGGAAUGGAGUUAUCUCAGGGGAGGACUUACUACGCUUGAUCGCGACUAUGGAUGGAUUAAUAACAUCCACCAUGACAUUGGAACUCAUGUCGUACACCAUCUCUUCCCUCAAAUCCCACACCAUCACUUGGUGGAAGCAACCCUGGCAGCUAAGCCCAUUCUUGGGAAAUAUUACCGGGAACCAGAAAAAUCAGCAGGACCAUUACCAUUCCACCUACUUGGAAACUUGGUUAGAAGCUUGAAGAAAGAUCAUUAUGUUAGUGAUACUGGAGAUGUUGUGUAUUAUCAGACUGAUCUCGAGAUUAAUCACUAUUCUAAGUCGAAAUGAAGCUUCAUAAAAUUCUUCAAAUAGAAAAGUUAGAUGCUUAACCUCAACAGUCCUCUUAGCAAAGAUAAUCUCGCUCAUGAAGCGUAUUUGAGGCUAGUCCUUUAUAAUAAUGCAUUAGUUGUUGU